AUGGAGAUCCCAAAGUGGAAAUGGGAAGUGAUUAAUAUGGAUUUCAUCACGGGAUUGCCCCAUUCUCGUCGCAAAUUUGAUUCUAUUUGGGUGAUCGUUGAUAGGUUAACCAAAUCAGCCCGUUUCUUGCCUGUAAGGACCACCUAUGCUGCUGAAGACUAUGCUAAAUUGUAUCUUAAGGAGAUUGUGCGUCUUCACGGCAUUCCUGUGUCUAUUAUUUCUGACAGGGGCGCUCAAUUCAUGGCAAAAAUCGUACCUAUUGACGAUAUACAAGUUACAGAAAAUAUGACAUACGAGGAAGAACCAAUUGCUAUUCUCGACAGACAAGUCCCCAGACUUAAAAACAAAGAGGUGGCUUCAGUAAAGGUUCUAUGGAGGAGUAAAGAUAGGGAAGAGAUGACGUGGGAAGCUAAAGCAGAAAUGAAGUCCAAGUAUCCCCAUUUAUUCCCUACCACAGAUGAUACUAUUCCAGAAGAAUCCUUGCAAGAUUCUGCCUUACUCGCAAUUCACCUACAAGGUAAAAGUCAUAUUUAA